AGUUUCUUCACAGAGUCAACACACGAGAGGCGUUUAAGCGAAAACGGAAAGCACACACUGGGAAAAAGAAAAUUCGAUACUCUUUCGUCAUUUCUUCACUCACCACCUUGGAUCCUUCUUUUUUUUCCCUUUCUUUCUUUCAAUCUCCAGCUUUCAACUCGUUUGUCCUUCGACGUUCAAAUUUAUCGCAUCUUUUUGCGGGGGGGCUUUUUGAGCUGUUGACUCACCUCCGCCGGACUGCUUGCUAUUGAAGCAAAGCGGAAGGUGGGGCAAUUUUUCAACCCAGCAAGCACAUUAGUUAUUUCUAUUAAGAGUUUCUACAAAUAUUACCGCCAUAGCAACGGGAAGAUGGACGCUCAGGUGGAAAAUGCCGUUCAGAUUGCGUAUAAUCCUGGUGCCGACCCACAAAUCAAGAGACAGGCUAUGACCUUUCUAGAGCAGGUAAAGCAGUCAUCGGAUGCCUGGCAGGUCUGUCUCCCCUUGUUUGCACGGGAUCCGAAACCCACCGAGAUCGUUCGCCACUUUUGCCUUGACGUCCUGAAUAUUGCCGUUCGGCGCCGGUUCCAUCAAACCGACGACCAGAGCCUCAAUUACAUUCGGGAGACCCUGAUGGAUUAUAUCAGGCGGUCAUACUUUACAGGGUCCGGCGCCCCUGACUCCCCCGGAAUUCAAAACAAAUUGACACAAACUCUGACAUCUCUCUUUGUCUCCAUGUACACGACAACCUGGGGAAGCUUCUUUGAUGAUAUGCUUACUCUGACUUCUUCCUCUAGUGAGGCUAAUGCUCAGGGGAAUCGAGACAAUUACUUGGGCGUAGUGUUCUUCUUGCGCAUCGUGGCUAGUGUGCACGAAGAGGUUGCGGAUAUCCUCGUCCCACACACUAUGGAGGAGGCCCAGAGAAACACUCAAAUCAAGGAUGUUGCUCGUGAACGUGAUGUGAGAAAGCUAGUGGUGGCUUGGCAAGAAAUUCUGGCCCAGUGGAAUGGGAGUGAUAAAGGCAUUGUAGAGAUGUGUCUAAGAGUUGUCGGUCGAUGGGUUAGCUGGAUUGACAUAUCGUUGGUUGUCAAUGAAGUCUUACUCGGAAUGCUGUAUAACUUUAUACUCGGCGAAUCUAGAGUAAGAGACGCUGCUAUAGUGACUUUGGCCGAUAUUGUCGGAAAGAGGAUGAAAGGCACUGAUAAACUAGAACUAAUUGUCUUUCUGAAGCUUGGGGAAAUUGUGGAGACCUUGGUCAAUUCGCCUGCGUUGCAAGCUCAUGGGCAACCAACAUACGACCUUGAACUUGCCGAAGGUGUGGCCAGACUAGUCAAUAAUGUGACGACUGAUAUCUUGAGAAUAUUGAAUGAUGAUUCUCUUGAUAUCCAGGUUAAACAACGGGCUGAGGAGCUUUUCCAGCCUUUCUUUCCGUUUCUCCUUCGCUUCUUUAGCGACGAAUGGGACGAGGUUUCGCAUGCCGUUUACCCCUCUAUGCUUGACCUUCUUAGUUUGCUUAGAAAGGAGAAGCGUAUUACCGGGACUCUUUCGCAUGCUCAUAGUCUGAUGCUAUCACCCAUACUUAAUGCGAUUGUUUUAAAAGCGAAAUAUGAUGAAGAUUCAGUUUGGGGAGGUGAAGACGACGAUGAAGCUGAUGAGGCCGAGUUCCAAGCACUCCGAAAACGAUUGAAGACUUUGCAGGACACUGUUGCCGCCAUUGACGAACAACUUUACAUCAAUACAUUAUCCAGCCUUAUCGGUACCACAUUUGAUAGAGUGGCGGAGGGUGGAGUUGCUGCUGCUGAUUGGCGAGAGGUUGACUUAGCCAUGUACGAGAUGUUUCUCUUUGGAGAAUUGGCUAUGAGGAGCGGUGGCAUGUUCAAUAAGGGGCGGCCACAGGGGCUAGCGGCGGAGGCUCUAAUCAGCCUAAUGAUCAAAAUGAUGAAUUCUGGUAUCGUGGCGUCUUCACAUCCGGCUAUCAAGCUCCGAUAUAUGGAAACAGUUGUUAGAUAUGCGGCAUUCUUUGAAGUUCAUACCACUUAUAUACCAAAAGCUCUGGAGAAUUUUGUGGGGGGUGUGCACGACAGCCAUGUGCGCGUCCGAAAUAGGUCAUGGUACCUCUUUUUUCGAUUUGUCAAAACUCUUCGCCAGCACAUCGGUGGGGUUGCCCAAGAGGUGCUGGAGGCAAUUAGCGAUAUUCUCGUCAUAAAGGCUGAAUUGCCGCAAGAUGCCGGAGACAAUGAGAUGUCAUCAGACGAUGCACAGGGUGAGGAUGCUACCUUUGAGAGCCAGCUGCAUCUCUUUGAGGCGGUCGGUUGCCUCUCAUCCAUAAAAUCCGUCGCACUUGAGAAACAAGUGCUUUUUGUGACAACAGUCAUGACCCCGUUAUUUAGGAACAUGGAAAGUACCUUAGAGGCGGCAAAGCAAGGCGAUGCCCGGUGUGUGUUGCAAGUUCAUCACAUCAUGAUGGCUUUAGGUAUCCUGGCUAAGGGCUAUGCCGACGGAACUCCUGGCCCUGGUGUUUCCGCCUCUGUACCUAACGAAUUAGUGGUUCGGGAGUUUGAAAAUGCCUCAGAAAUUAUUUUAGUGUCCCUAGAGUCUCUCCGUAACUGCCCAAAUGUCCGGGAUGCCGCCAGGCGUUCUUUCUCUAAGAUGGUAGUAAUUCUGGGACCGAGGGCUUUGCCUACAUUGCCAAGGUGGCUUGAGGGACUCCUGGCAGAAGAUUCAACAGCUGAAGAGAUUUUGGUAUUCCUGAGACUUUUGAAACAAAUUGUUCAUGGAUUUAAGUCGGAGUUUUAUGAUAUUCUGAAUUCUCUGCUCACCCCACUGUUAAACAAGGUAUUUAGUUCUCUGGGACAAGAGGCAACUGGAACCGACGAUGAAAUCCAAGCGGCAGAGCUGCGGAAAGAAUACCUUGACUUUUUACUUGUUAUUCUAAACAAUGACCUCGGUCUUGUGCUCGUCAGCGAAGUCAACCAACCAAUCUUUGAACAGCUUAUAGGGACAGUUCAGCAUUUCGCCAAAGAGGUCAAUGACCUCCCGACAUCUAAGCUCGCAUUUUCUGUGAUGGGGAAAAUGUCAAUUGUCUGGGGGCCUGCUACCGACUCUGCGAAGGAACAAACGAACGGCAACUUGAAAGAACAGCCACUUCCUGGAUUCGACACAUUUAUGAUUAAGCGUUUCUCAUCCCUUUGCUGGGAGGUUCCAGCGAUGCCUGGCUUCCGUCCAAAGGAUGCUCAAGCAAAGAUGGUUCUUGGCGAGAUCGCCGCCCUACAGAAUAUUCUUUACACUAAGCUCGGGGAAAACUUUAUUCAGUAUUUAGGAACUGUUUACUUUCCAUCUGUCAACCUCCCCCAAGGCCCUGCCGAGGAGUACCUGGUAGCGCUCAGACAGAUGGGGUUCAAGCCCUUCAGGAGUUACUUUCAGGUAGACAUUCAGUGCACGUGCGAUUCUGGGGAAUUGAUUUGCUAA